UUACUUUGAUCGCACCUCGCAGGUCGAAGUUCACUCACGUGCGCCUUUUGACUGCAUUCGUCGUAAAAAUGCAUCGGAUUGCACCCUCCGCCCUCCACACACAUACACAUACAUACACACGCACGUAGUUCCUUAACCCUUAGCACUCUAGAUGGUUUCAUAACGUGUCAGCAACUUCUACCAAUUUUGAUGAUAGUCGUACAGAAAAUUAAUAAUGUUACAACAUUUCUUAGACCUUUAAUUCCCUUCUCACUACAAACUUUGUAUAUCUGGAAGAUCUAAUAAUCUGAAGGUAGUUUUUUUUUAAAUUCAUUAAAAUAUUUAAUAUUGGAAUUGGUGCAAUAUUGGAGCCUACAGAGUUCAAAGGGUUAAAAUUAACAACUUAAACUCUGCUUUUCGUCCUAUAAUAGUCGAAGAGUGUCGGCUUGGACGACGCCGAGGUCGCGCUACAGGGUGCCACUCUUCGUUGCAACGCCGUCUGCUGUGCCCGAUAUCACAUAAAAAUGUUAAUAUCUUCAAAGCAAAUGGAAAAAUGAAUGUAUGGGAGAAAUCAAAUACUGCGAUAAACAUAACAAAUUUCCUACCGUUAUCAAAUUCGGAGGUGGAUUGCAAAUGGUAAGGGGCUGUAUAUACUUAUGCGAAAAAUAUCUUACAUCGAUGCCGUAUUAAAAAGAAUACAAGAGUGUUGCCCGAAUCUGGUGUACGUGAGUCUGUUGGGCAAUCCGGGAUGUCCUGACCAGUUGACCAAUCCAUCCACAGAUGAAGAGGAUUAUAAUCGUUACAGGCUGUAUGCGGUAUAUGAGUUACCUCCGAGUCUUCGAUUCCUAGAUUCGCGUCCAGUAACGCAGCAAGAGAGAAUCGAUGCGGAAAUUCGAGGAAAAUAUUCGAGGACCGUGAAAUUGGCACCCGAAUUCUCCACGACAUUCAUAUCGAACACGGUAGACGAUAUGGAUGAUAUAUUUUUCAACAUCCACUACACUCCUCUCCCAACAUCAAUUCGGAAUCCUCAUGAUCACAAAGAUUUUCGUGAACUGAAUACGAGCCUGUAUAUCUUUCUUUCUCUUAUUGUUCUUAGUUUCGGAAAAAAUCAACGUGAAGAAAAGAAUACAAAUUUUGUGCAUUCGGUAAGUGUAAGUAUCGAUACUCCGGGAAGAAUUCCGAAGGAAACCGAUUUAUAUCGAACAAUGAUCUAUGAACGUGAACCCAGUGGAGUCGAGAAGUAUUUUUCGAACUAAAUUACGGCCCUGUUUCUUUAAUGAAUGACGAAAACAGCAGUUAGUCGCGUAGAGUAAGUUCAAUAUCAAAUAGUUGCACAAAGUUUUUGAUUUUAAUACGUGUCAUAUGUAUAAUCAUGACAAAGAUCCUACCUACGUGCCUGACGUCGCAUUUGUUUGAAUUAUUAUCUUAUAGAUGUUAUCUUUUUAUACGUGUAUUAAUAAAGCAUAA